AUGCAUUCUCUGCCAAAACAUAUCAAUAGGUUUUUAGUUUUUAGUCUCCCUCAGUGUGUGUAUGUGUCUAUCUUUGUAUGUAGCCAAUUUUUUCUUAACGCUUUUUUAAAGAAUUGUAAAAAUCUGGUGAACAACAUAUUUUGAAUAAUUAAAAACAAUAAGCGCUUAAAAUAACGUGUGACUUCAAAUAACAGUAUCACAUCUGCUGAAGAAGGCUCGAGUGCUCGGAGUUAGCAGUGAGAGUUUGUGAUUGCCUGACUGAAAUGUCACUCACAGCGCGUGGAUAAAACAGGAAAAAAAGAGAAAAAAAUAGUUACAAGAUGGCGACCAACAACUGCCUGAACACUGGAAAACAAUAGAGACAGCGCAGUAGGGCAGAGUUUAUUUCUUAACCCUUUGCUUUUUUGUUUUCGUGUCGCGUUAAACCAGCGGACGGUAGUCGGUUGUGUCUACUUCAAGACUUUUUGAACAGAAUCUAAAGAAAGAGAGUUUACAGUGCUUUGUUUGAGGACUAGUUAGCACAUAGGCUAAGCUACAUCCGUAGCUGUAAUGUAACUGAGGAUCAGCUGUUAGCCGCACUGCUACUUUAAAAGUUACUUUUACUACUAAAACUCACUCGUAACUGCCGAAGUUAUUUUGUGCUGGAAGGAUGUAAUGUGUACGCUUUUACCCACCACUUUCUAACACUUCGUCGGUGUUUUUUUUUUAGAAAUCAACUACGUCUUUGUCAAACUUCAACUGUGAGUCGGAAAAACACGCGUUUAUUUUUUGUUGUUAUUGUUAAAAGGUUUUGCUUUAAGAAAGACAGCCCGAUUAGACGAAAUGUUGCGCAUUUAUCUAUGUAAACUUAAAAGUUAAAGAUAAACCGGGUUGAAGUUUCUGAAAGGGAUUCCUUAAGUAACGUUAACUGUUAAAAGUUUUGAACCCUCUCAACUUUCCUCUGAUAUUAACGUUAUAUCGAGUCGAAAGAAAUGUAACGUUUAAGAUGAAUAACUUAAUAUCUUUAGUUGACGUUUUCAUUCAUAAAAGGAUAGUGUUAAUUUCGUUCUGGUUGUCAGGACCCGGGUCUAGUUAGAUAAGGGGAUUGUUCUGUGAUUUUUGUGUUUGUUUAUGUGUGUGUGUGUACGCGCGUCGUCUUAUCGUUUAGUUAAAAGGAAACUUUAGUCAAAGUUGUGAUUUUAACAAUAUAUAUAUGUAUAUUUGAGCGCUCACAUCUGAACAAUGUGCCAUUUAUUUUGUUAUAUAAAGAGGUAGAAAGUGAAUAAUGGAGGCAGUUGAGUGUGUUUUGUAAAGACGCGCACGCUCGCACACGCACCGUAACAGCACGAUUAGUCUCGAGUUGUGCUGGUAUCCGGAGACUCGAGAGUGAGUUUUUAACCCGCUGUUUUUCUGGAUGAUGGCGGAUUUUGUGGUGCCGCGGCAUAGUGCCGUCAUGGAACGCUUGCGGCGGCGGAUUGAGCUUUUCCGGCGGCAUCACACCGGCUGCGAGAACCGCUAUGAUAACACGGCUAUGGAGCGGCUGGAGAUGGAGAGGCAGCAGACCAUCGCGCUGCAGCAGCGCUUCCUGCAGACCAAGGCCAAGCGCUCCAACAAACACAGGCAGCCGCCGGCGGCAGCAGCGGCGAGCGCGGACCCGGUCGGGCAGAGGGGGGCGAGCGGCGGGGGCGGCAGCGCGGAGAUAGCGGACGGAGGGAGUGGGACGCCCGGCGAGCAGAGCAGGAACAGCACGCUGAUUGCGUUACAGGAGACUGUGAAGAGGAAGUUGGAGAGUGCUGAAUCACCUUUAGGCCGUGACCAGGUGAAUGGUUUCACCGAUGGCUACCCCCCUAAUAAAAAGUCCUGUGUUGAAGAUGCAAUGGGUGGUCUUAAUGGGGUCUCAAAUGGUGUUGUGCCUCCUCUCUCACCCUUGGACACCAAACAUAAUGUGAACACUGAUGCCAUGAUGGCCAAUGGGAACCACAGAGUGGUCGGUUCCGAGCACAACGGAGCAAGUUUAAAAGACAAUGGUGCAGUGCGUGGUUCAGAGUCUGAUUUCCGUCUGAAAGAACCAAAGCAGGAGCCGGUAGAUGAUGCCUUGUCCUGCAUACUUCCCCAGGGAGGAGCAAAUGGAAACAACAGCCUCUUCCCUGACCUUAACCUGAAUGAUCAGGACUGGAGUGAGAUCAUGGAGGAGUUCAAUCGCUCUGUACCCUACGAGGACAUCCAGGAGCUCUUCAGCGUUAGUUUUGGAGAUCGCAAAGACCCAGAGCUCACAUCUGCUGCAGCUCAGAGCUUGAUAUCACAAGAUCUGCCUAACGUGAAGACUGAAAUUUCUCCUGCCACGGCUACCUCUGCCUUUGAGCAGGACUCCUGCAAUGGUUCACCUCAGAUGAGACCGACUUCAUCGGGACCUCCGCUUCACACCAACUCUCCUGUUACGGCUCCGGCCACUUCACCAGCCCUGCCUGUUCCACAGCAUUCGCAACAGGGGUCUAUUCAGAGCAGAGCACUCCCAAAUCACUUGAUGCCCGUUCCACCCAAAGACCUGUCCCCUGCUCAGCAGCUGCAGCAGUUGGCUCAGCAGAGAGCGAUUUUACACAGUCAGCAGCAUGUAGUUCAAAAGCCACCACAACAGAAACCUCCACAACAGCAACCAACAAAGUUCCACCAACAGCCCAGCCACUCUACAUCUUGGCCCCAAAAUGCUCCCACCCAAAGUCAAAUGGGUGGUACGUUUGGGCUUGAGAAGCCCACCAGUCCUUCUUUGUACCCUCAAGACUUUCCCAAUCCCAAGACCCUACUCAUGCCAAACAAAGGUUCUCCCAAAGCGGGUGCUCCAGCUGGCUACAUGCAGCCUGGUGGCCAUGCCAACAUGUUAAGUCACCCAGCAGCACCCACAGGGCCCCUCGGCCAUCCUUCCAACCCAGGUGCCCAGGCAGCCAUGUUGGACUUCAACAACACUAAACCACUGUCUCACUAUGACGACGGACCACCAGGGGCACCCAGGGGCCCUCCGACCACACAGAACCACAACAAACCGAACCAGGCCAUCCUAAACAUGAUGCGACAGCAACAGAUCCAGAAACAAAGGGCGCCUACCAUGAACUUCAGACCAGCACAUCUACCACAUACUGCGCAGGAUUCAGGCUCCUACCCUCCUAACACGCACGUUCCCGGUCCCAGCAACACCAUGACCCCACAAACAAGCAGCAACAGCAUCCCGGGUCACCAUAAUAAUCCUGCCUACUUGAAGCAGCAGCAAAUUCAGCUGAUGAAUCAACAGAAACAGUUUCAGCUCCAGAGACAGAUCAUGGUUGAGCAGGAGAAGCAGCGGCAGCAGCAGGAACAGCAGCUGCAGAGACAUUUGACCCGUCCACCACCUCAGUACCAGGACCAACAGAACCCGCAGGCCCAGCAGAACCCUUUCCAGCAGCAACAGCAGCAGGUCUCCCAGUUCACCAGUGUGCCGCCCUGCCUGGCCCAGCAGCACACCUCCAAUUUCAGCGAACACACCAUCUCUGGUGCAUCUCAACCAAUAGGAAAUGUAAACACUCUCAGUGGCCCCGCUCCUGGAACACAGCGAAUGUUCUCUCAGACUCAAGGCAUGAUGGGAAUAGGAGUUGGCCAAAAUGCUGGUCCAAAUACUGGUCCCUCUACGGCUGCCAGUCAAGCAGACAUGAGCCUCCCACCCUGCAGCAAUCUUGAUGUGCAACAAGUCCUCUAUGGGAACAUCUCUAUGCAUGCCUCCCAUGCCAACCAGCAGAGACAACCAGUGUCCACAAUGUCUGCUGCUUACCGGCAGAAUGUUCUAGCAGCCCAGCAACAAGCACACUUGAAAAACCAGCCCAAUGCUGCCUUGUUGAAACAACAACAGCAGCAGCUGGCACGUCUGCCCAACAACAUGGCGAACGCAAUGUCUAAUAACAUGGGAUCUGCUAUGCCCACCUCCAUGCCUACCAGUAUCCCAGGUGCCUUGCCUGUCCAGGCUCAGUCUUGGCAGCAGCAGCCACCCCAGCAGCAUCCAGCUCUCCAAUCUGGCUCUGCGAAUGGAGCCAUGCCAGCUGGUUUCCCCAAUUCCAGCUUUCACAUGCAGUCAAGGUUGACUAAACUUCCCAACAACACCCCAUUUCCCCAAGGGGGCAUGGGGAACAGUGCGGCAGGUAGAACCAUGGGAGGUAUGAAUCCUGGACAAAUGAUGACUAACAUGAACCAGCAACGGACAAAUAACCCAGGCAUGCCCCAGCAGCUGCCACCUCCAGUCCAGCAGACAGCCCAGCAGGGUCAGCCACAAGCACCACCGCAAACCCAGCAGGUUUUGCCUGACUUGGGGCCCUUUAGCCAAGCACAGGCCGUACCCAACCGCACCACAGGACUUCAGUGCAAUCAGGCCUACCAGCUCAACAGGGCGGCCAAUCAGCAGCUCCAGUUCAGCUACAACACCCAAUCGGGAGGCAGCUUGUCUGGGUUUCCAGCCGAGACUGAUUUAGUGGAUUCUCUGUUGAAGGAUCAGUCGACACAACAGUGGAUGGACGAUAUAGAUGAGCUUUUGGCCAGUCACCAAUGAGUGACACCAAAGCUAGUGCCUUCGAUAGACAAGAUAGCGUGAAGAUCCAGAUUUUGGAUGAUUUGUGAGAUGGUGAACCUGCUUGCAUCACAUGGUCAGAUCUGCUGUGUUCUCUUUUGAAUAUAUCUAUAUAUAUAUAUAAUGGUGUAUAUAAUGGAAGUCAAGUAGAGCACAGAGCCUGCCUCACAGAAGUGUUCUCUGGACUUAAAAUUUCAAAGAGGGAAAUGCUCUACUACUGAACCUGUGGCUCAGUAAAACCACUGAAUUUUCCUAUAUAAUGAGUUUGUGCUCAUGAAUGCGUUCAGCUGUUCGUCCAGUUGGGUUGCCUUUGUGUUCACUGUAGGCAUGAAGAGGCUAUGUUCAGUAUCAGGAAGGUCUUGACACUUCCGCAUGCCUUAUAAUUGCACUCCUGAAGAGGCACAAAAUGAUUUACAAUUUAAAGCAAUAGUUCUCAAAUAGUGCUCAAACGGUUCAAACCCAUAUCAUUUUAUUUUCUUCUUUCUUUCAUAGGGUGACCAGUUCGUGAGGGCAAACCUUCAGCAGUGUUUAGCUUCAAACCAAACUAAACAUCAGUCUUGAGCCCAUUGAAUCAUUCUCAGUAUUGCACAGCCAUUCCUUGAAUGGGAAUAAAGGAGUAACAGUCAGGUCCAGAAAUAUUGGUACCUCGACACAGUUCUAACAUUUUUGGCUCUAUACAUUAACACAAAAGAUUUGAAAUGAAACAAUCAAGAUGUGCUAUAAUUUGAGGGUAUUUUUUUCCAAAUCUGGUGAACGGUGUAGGAAUUACAACAGUUUGAACUCUGGACCUUUUACCUGCUCAUUGUAUUUGGAAUUAUGAGGGAAUAACACACCUGGCCACGGAACAGCUGGAAAGCCAAUUGUCCCAUUACUUUUGGUCCCUUAACAAGUGGGAGGCACAUAUGCAAACUGUUGUAGUUCCUACAGCGUUCAAAUGAUUUGGAUCCAAAUAACCUCAAAUUAAAGCUGACAGUCUGCAGUUAGAGCACAUCUUGGCCAUCAUUUCAAAUCUAUUGUGUUGGUGUAUAGAGCCAAAAAUGUUAGAAUUGUUUUGAUGUCCCAAUAUUUUGGACCUGACUCUGUGUAAACUGAAUCUUAGGCCCAAUCCCAACUCUACCUCUUAGCCCUUUCCCUUACCCCUACCCCUCGUUUUUUUGCAUUCACAUGAAGGGUUAGGGGUGUCCUAAUUCUCUUUAGCUUGAAGGCAUAGUGCUAAGGGGAAGGGCAAGAUGACCCUUAAAGUGAAGAUUUUCCAGGACCAAACUAGAAACUCUUGAGUAUAGAAAUUUUCCAGAGUACACCAGCUACAACGACAAAAUGGCUGCAGAUGCACAGUAAGGAGACUUUUACAACAACCAAGCAUAUGUUUUAUUAUAUUAGUGUUUUACAAUCAUGCUUGUCCCAUUACUUUGCGGUAAAUUUGAAGCCCUUCCUUUUACAUUUUGUUUCAAGGGCCAAGGGGAAGGCGUAUGGGGUAAAAAACAAACAAUUGGGAUUGGGCCUUACUUGUCGCAAUAUUGUUCAUGACUUCUAAAAGUGAUGAUUAUGUACUAAACUGCUCUUCACAAAAGCAGUUUAUUCAGCGUACUGAAGCUUCAUUAACAUUCUUUGAUAAACAAAUGUGGAAAGCGGCGUCCAGAGCAGGAUCUGACACCCCUGCUUUUAUAGGACACAGUAGGAGAUGUUUAUCACAAAUCUGACACCAUUUGUAUGAGCAUUGUCUCAUUUUAAAAAAGAAAGUUAAAUGAGUUUGCAACAAGAAUUGCCAAAAAAGUGAUUCUUUGAGUUUCACGUGGUUUGUAGUCAUUGGAUAAUUUCACAUUAAUCUUGUAAGGUAGAUGUUUGUUUUAAUCAGAUUAUCACAGGAAUAGAAAGAUCUGAUGAACUCUUCAGUGAACAUGGGGAUGCAUAUGUUACACUACGUUUUUCCUUCUUUCUCUCGCUCUCUGGAACUGAACUAGUAAGCCCAGAGUUCUAGAUUUCCAUGUUGGUGAGAGGGUUAAUAUUCCUGCUUUUCUCCCUCUGGUGCCUGAUGAUGUUACAUGAAGGCAGGUCAGGUGCUGGUCUGAACUGUGUCGCCUGAACUCUUGCUUCAUCUGAGAUUCUGUGACAGGAUUUCAUGUAUAUUUAUAUAUUUUUUGUAUGUAUGCAGUUUCUAUUGUUCUGAAGAAGAUAGAUCUUAUUUUUAUAUGUACAUUGUUGCAAAUUUUUGUAAGUAUUUUAUACUUUUAUUAUUGUUCUCUGAAAAACAAGAGUAUAGUGUAAAUAUAGUUCUCUAGAAAUGGG